AUGUCGGUUCGUUCCUUUAACUCAUCUUAUUCCUUCUGGGUUAAGACGUCACAAACAUCUUCUGUAAUGUGGUCUGAGUCUUUACGUGGUUUUGCUUCAUCAAAUUUGGGAAAACCCCUUGUAAGUGGUGAGCAAAGUUCAAGAGGAAAGGACUAUACGCUUAAUCCUGUAGAGAUGGAAUCUAUUUAUAAAGUGAGUCACUCCUCAGAUUGUGUAGGGGAGGUUGCGAAUUCAUAUGGUGAAGAUGAUAUAUUAAAUCAAACAGUUUUAUCAAGUUGUACAAAUUUAUCGUUUAAAGGUUCAACAGAAAGAAGUGAAGAUAAAGAGUUGGAUAAGGAACCACUUGCAAAAAAUCUUCAUAAUACGGUUGGACCUACUCCUUAUCGAGUAUCAUGGUAUGAUUAUGACUCUGUUAGCCCUGCUAAACGGUUUACAUAUUGGGCAUAUCGUAGACUACGUGAGUUACCACCAGAAUGGCAGGAAUACUAUCGUCGUAUGCUAUAUCAAGAGUUAACUGCUGCACGGUAUGUAAAUCAAACCUGGGAUUGUUUUAUGAUGGUAGUGGAUGGUUACCGAAAAGCUAAGUGGGUGCUUAAGAAAUACGGUAUUCCUAUAGAUGAAAAUCUUAUUCCAAAACCUUACAAUGAUUUUUGGGAAGAGACUACACAUGAAGAACGUGUGUGGGCCCACCGACGUUCACAUCAGUUGAAAGAACUUCAAGCUCUUCAAAGAGAAGAAGACGAACUCGUUUUUGGAGCUCAAAUGGUAGAUCGUCGUGAAGUAAGUUAUGGAUCUAUAAAAAAUUUACAGUCACCUAUGCAAGGAGGAACACCAGUACAUGCUCAUGAUUUACCAGCUCCUUACGAGUCAGAUAUUAAAAUGUCACCACAUGAUGAAGAUAUGAGUAGUGCUUUAAUGUCUAGCAUUGAGGAUGAUAAGUUGUGGAAUCCGGUACUACGCUCACGUCUUCAUACCCAGCGCAUGAGAGAAGAAGUUGAAUUAUAUGCGUUUGAAGAUGAUGAUGAUGAUAACAGUGUACCAUGA